CGGGCCGUGGGGGAUGGGGGCGGCGAGCUCCAGCCCUCGGCGGAGGCGGCGGCGGCCGUGAGUGCUGGGCGGGCGUCCGCGUCCAGGACGCGGGAUGGAGCGCCGCGUUUGAAGUAUGAAAAAUAGUAAAGUAUAUAUAAGAAAGUUAGUACAUUACUCACUAUAAUGCUGAAUAGAGGAUUUCAGUUUUUCUGACUGUUCUGUGAAAGGAUGAUUGCUCACAAACAGAAAAAGACAAAGAAAAAACGUGUUUUGUCAUCAGGCCAACUCUCUACCGAUGUUACAGCUCCUGAAAUGGGGCUCAAGUCCAUAAGUUCCAAUUCCAUUUUUGAUCCGGAUUACAUCAAGGAGUUGGUGAAUGAUAUCAGGAAGUUCUCGCAUAUGUUACUAUAUUUGAAAGAAGCUAUUCUUUCAGAUUGCUUUAAAGAAGUCAUUCAUAUACGUCUGGAUGAACUCCUCCGUGUUUUAAAAUCUGUAAUGAAUAAACAUCAGAACCUCAAUUCUGUUGAUCUUCAAAAUGCUGCAGAAAUGCUUACUGCAAAAGUAAAAGCUGUGAACUUCACAGAAGUUAAUGAAGAAAAUAAAAACGAUCUCUUCAAAGAAGUAUUUUCUUCCAUUGAAACCUUGGCCUUUACCUUUGGGAAUAUCCUGACAAACUUCCUUAUGGGAGAUGUAGGCAAUGAUUCAUUAUUGCGGGUGCCUGUUUCUCGGGAAAGCAAGUCUUUUGAAAAUGUCUCUGUGGAAUCGGUGGACUCAUCUAAUGAAAAAGGAAAUUUUUCUCCCAUAGAGCUAGACAGCGUGCUAUUAAAGAACACUGAUUCUGUAGAAUUGGCUUUGUCUUAUGCUAAAACGUGGUCAAAAUAUACCAAGAACAUAGUUUCAUGGGUUGAGAAGAAGCUUAACUUGGAAUUGGAGUCCACUAGAAAUAUUGUCAAGUUGGCAGAGGCAACUAGAAGUAACAUUGGAAUGCAGGAGUUUAUGCCAUUGCAGUCUCUAUUUACCAGUGCUCUUCUUAGUGAUAUCAAAAACAGUCACCUUUUGCAACAAACAAUCGCAGCACUCCAAGCCAACAAAUUUGUGCAGCCUCUACUUGGGAGGAAAAAUGAAAUGGAAAAACAAAGGAAAGAAAUAAAAGAACUUUGGAAACAGGAACAAAAUAAAAUGCUUGAAACAGAGACUGCUCUUAAAAAGGCAAAACUGUUAUGCAUGCAACGUCAGGAUGAGUACGAAAAAGCAAAAUCUUCCAUGUUUCGUGCAGAAGAGGAGCAUCUGUGCUCAAGUGGUGGAGUAGUCAAAAAUCUCAACAAGCAGCUAGAAAAAAAGCGAAGGUUGGAAGAGGAGGCUCUUCAAAAAGUAGAAGAAGCAAAUGAACUCUACAAAGUUUGUGUGACAAAUGUUGAAGAGAGACGAAAUGAUCUAGAAAAUACCAAAAGAGAAAUUUUAACACAACUCCAGAAACUUGUUUUUCAGUGUGAUCUUACCCUUAAAGCUGUAACAGUUAACCUCUUCCAGAUGCAACACCUACAGGCAGCCUCCCUUGCAAGCAAUUUACAGUCUCUCUGUGAUAGCGCCAAACUCUAUGACCCAGGCCAGGAGUACAGUGAGUUUGUCAAGGCCACAAAUUCAACUGAAGAAGAAAAAGUUGAUGGGAAUGUAAAUAAGCAGUUAACAAAUAGUCCUCACACUUCUGGAUAUGGACCCAGUGACUCGUUAGAAGAUGUAGUGCGCCUUGCUGACCCCUCUAGUAAGAUUGAAGAGGACAGAUGCUCCAAUAGUGCUGAUGUAACAGGUCCUUCUUUUAUAAGGUCAUGGACAUUUGGGAUGUUUAGUGACUCUGAGAGCACUGGUGGAAGCAGUGAAUCUAGAUCUCUGGAUUCUGAAUCUAUAAGUCCAGGAGACUUUCAUCGAAAACUUCCACGAACUCCAUCCAGUGGAACCAUGUCUUCUGCCGAUGAUUUAGAUGAGAGAGAGCCACCUUCCCCUUCAGAAGCUGGACCCAACUCCCUUGGAACAUUUAAGAAAACAUUGAUGUCAAAGGCAGCUCUCACUCACAAGUUUCGAAAAUUAAGGUCCCCCACAAAAUGUAGGGAUUGUGAAGGCAUUGUAGUAUUCCAAGGUGUUGAAUGUGAAGAGUGUCUCCUUGUUUGUCACCGAAAGUGUUUGGAAAAUUUAGUCAUCAUUUGUGGUCAUCAGAAACUUCCAGGGAAAAUACACUUAUUUGGAGCAGAAUUCACACAAGUUGCAAAAAAGGAAUCAGAUGGCAUCCCAUUUAUACUCAAAAUAUGUGCUUCAGAGAUUGAACACAGAGCCUUGUGUCUACAGGGAAUUUAUCGUGUAUGUGGAAACAAAAUAAAAACUGAAAAACUGUGUCAAGCCUUGGAAAAUGGAAUGCACUUGGUAGACAUUUCAGAAUUUAGUUCACAUGACAUCUGUGACGUCUUGAAAUUAUACCUUCGACAGCUCCCAGAACCAUUCAUUUUAUUCAGAUUGUACAAAGAAUUUAUAGACCUUGCAAAAGAGAUCCAACAUGUAAAUGAAGAACAGGAGUCAAAAAAGGAUAACUCCGAGGACAAAAAAUGGCCGAGUAUAUGUAUAGAAAUAAACCGAAUUCUUAUAAAAAGCAAGGACCUCCUAAGACAACUGCCAGUGUCAAAUUUUAACAGUCUUCAUUAUCUCAUAGUUCAUCUUAAGCGAGUCGUGGAUCAUGCAGAAGAAAACAAAAUGAACUCCAAAAAUUUGGGGGUGAUAUUUGGCCCAAGUCUCAUUAGGCCAAGGCCCACAACAGCACCUGUCACCAUCUCCUCUCUUGCUGAAUACUCAAAUCAAGCACGGUUGGUAGAGUUCCUCAUUACUUACUCACAGAAGAUCUUCGAUGGGUCCCUGCAGCCACAAGAUGUAGUUGUGUGUAGUAUAGGUGGUGUUGCAUCUCAUGUUGAUCAAGGCUGUCUUCCAAAGCCUCUAUUGUCACCAGAAGAAAGAGACCCAGAACAUUCUACGAAGUCACUGUUUUUCUCUUCAAAGGAAGAUAUGCAUACUGUGGGUAGUGAAACCAAAAGUUUUGAGCCAGCUACAUCAUUUGAGGAAUCAGAACGAAAGCAAAACGCAUUAGAAAAAUGUGAUGCAUGUCUCACCGACAACAAAGUGGGUUUGCUUAUAGACCUAGAGCUUGAAUCAGCAUCACAGAAGAUGGACGAUGUUUGUAAAACCUCCAAGCCACUUAAUCUGAAAUCAGAUAGGGAAGCAAACAGUGUUGAAAGGCAUGCUCCAAGGACCAAGAUGAGACCUGUAAGUUUGCCUGUAGAUAGACUACUUCUUCUGGCAAGCCCCCCAAAUGAGAGAAAUGGCAGAAAUAUGGGGACUGUAAAUUCCGACAAGUUUUGCAAGAAUCCUACCUUUGAAGGAGUUAGUAAGAAAGAUACUCCUUCUGUUGGUUGUUCCAAAUUGGAUGGCUCUGAGCAGUCAACUCUACAAAGCCCUUGGGAGCAACAAUGGGAACAAAAUGGCCUACCUGUAAAGACUGCAGUGACUGUGCCCAGUGCACUCCAGGACAGAGGACUGACAACGAGCCCCAGGAUCACUGGGGGCCACCCAGUCAGUGCCGCCCAGCCCAGUAAGCCAUACUCAGAACCAGUGAGGCCAGCGAGACAGGUGUCUGGGAGACGGUCCUCUGAUUCCUGUCCUCCUGCUCCUGUCCGAGCGCCCAGAACACUGCAGCCGCAGCAUUGGACAACGUUUUAUAAACCACGUGCUCCCAUGGGUGGUGUGAAAGGGGAUGAGGAGAAAGCUGCAGCACCCUCCCCAGCACCGCCUCCCAGCACAACUCCCACCCCCCAGGGGCAUGCGCUAAGAACAGUGCCAGACUCUGAAAACGCCCCAGCUGCCCCCACACAGCCCACCAGGAAGCCUAAAGAGAGCCCUGAGGAGCGGGACUUGCCUGAUGUGCCGCCAGCUUGCCAGAGACCAAGGCUAAAACGAAUGCAACAAUUCGAAGACCUUGAAGAUGAAAUCCCACAGUUUGUGUAGGGUUGUCAGAAUUCAGCUUUUCUCUUUUUGUUUUGUUUUGUGGUAUUAUGUUUUGUGAAAGAAACUUUUGACAGGGCCCCUUUUGUAUAGUAUGCCAAAUCAUGGAUUUUGCUAUUUGUCGUCGUAUUACAUUAUACUGUGUUGGUUAUGUUGAAUGGUAGAUUGUUUUGAUAGGGCCCCAUCUGUGCCUCACUGGAAUUAUAUGUAUUUUUAAAGUUGUGAAUAAAUAGGUGGACUCAUGUUUUUUAAAGUUCA